AUCAAUGAACUGAGCCAUGUUCAAAUCCCUGUUAUGUUGAUGCCGGAUGACUUCAAAGCCUAUUCAAAGAUAAAGGUGGACAAUCACCUUUUUAACAAAGAAAAUAUGCCGAGCCACUUCAAGUUUAAGGAAUACUGCCCGAUGGUUUUCCGUAACCUGCGGGAGAGGUUUGGCAUCGAUGAUCAGGAUUUCCAGUAUAUAGUAGAAUGUCAUGGGAUCACCCUUCUUCCCCAGUUCUUGGGCAUGUACCGGCUUAAUGUUGAUGGAGUUGAAAUCUACGUGAUUGUUACAAGAAAUGUGUUCAGCCACCGUUUAUCUGUAUAUAGGAAAUACGACUUAAAGGGCUCUACCGUGGCUAGAGAAGCCAGCGACAAGGAAAAGGCCAAAGAACUACCGACUUUAAAGGAUAAUGAUUUCAUCAAUGAGGGCCAAAAGAUUUAUAUUGAUGACAACAACAAAAAGGUGUUCCUGGAAAAACUGAAAAAGGAUGUUGAGGUAAGAAAAAAUCAGCAUCAAGGACAGCCCCAUCGUAGAAAUGUCACCACUCUUGAUUUUUAGAAGCGUCUUCAACGGUCCAUUUAAAUCUGCAACCAAGGCAAAAAUACGUAUUGUACCUUAUGAAAAUCACAUCUAAACAGGUGCAUCUCCUGUGUGACCUGGUUUAGGAAAGAAGUGUGCUGCUUCGGCAGGCAGCUCCUUCCUCUAGAUGACAGACCAAGGAAAGCACCUGAUGUCAUCUGCGGGGCGUCCCCACCCUCAGCUUGCCACGUUCUUGGUCGGUGGGGAGCCUGUGCGGUGGCAACCUGCUCACGGACUGCCCGCAGCAACCAGACGGAGGGUGACGCCGAGCGAUGACAUUCUGUCACACAGCAAAGCGUUUCAAAAACAAGUGUUUAGUAACUAUUUGAAUUUGGGGUUUUCUUCAUCUGAACCACAUCUCGGUGUUAGUAGACAGAGCCCCGGUCACCUGGUGCUUUAACAUUUCCACCAGCCUCUGUGAAAGUGGUGUCAUCAGGCCACCAAGCCAUACGUGUGGUGGGGACAGCACCAAGGCUGGUCGUCACCCCAGCGUCAUGGGGGAUGGUUGUGACACAAAAUACUGUGUGACAGUGGGCUUUUCGUCUCUCGUGAGGGAGGCUGUUUUGCUUAACUGUUAUUUUAAGAAUUAAAAAUAUACUCUUCCCUAUCCUUUUGUUGAUUUUAAAGGCAUCACAGCCUUGUUGGACUUCCUUUUGUGAGUCCUUUGGAAAUUAAUUCGGGGGGAAAAACAGAUUUUCUUGAGAUUCGUUAGGUUUACAAGACCCUGCAAAGAGAAUUCUAAUGUAGACGGUUACUGGACAAAGUUUUUCUGAGCUGUUACUUUCCUUCAUCUGUAUGUGUGAGUAUGGUAUACUUCUUUAAAAUUUUUUUACUUUGAAAUACAGUUCCUCCCACACCAGUACAGCUCUGCUACUUACAGGCUUUAGGGGAAAGUUUUCCUCUUCAUGUCAUUAAAUAAAAAUAAUUAGAAUGGUUCAAGCCAAAGAAUGAGUGUCUUGCAUUUGAAUGUAUCCCCCGUGAGGGCAGAGCAGUUUCAGUUUCCUUUUUCCUGUUCUGACGUCUCUUUCAUUGUAAGACACCCAGACUGACC